AUGGCUCGUGAAGAAGGAACAGGUAAAUUUAGAUGGGAAAACCUCAAAACAAGGAGAAGGAACAUCCUUUCGUUGCGAGACCCACAGUGGUUUAAUCAGUGUGCCUUUAUUUACAGAACAUUUGGGCUGCGAAAUCCCAACCUUCAAAGAAAAAAAAUGCCUUGAAAAAGUUCGCAAACACGCUAAAAAAAACUGAACGCACUAAACAGCAAACACUACGAAAAUAAUGAAUAAUGUUUUAUUCCGCUGAGUUUUUGUGCUUUAAAAGCAAGCACUGCUUUUCCUCGGAUUCUAGUUAAUUUAAACCAGAAAAUGUUCUCAAUGACUAGAUUUUUGGGCCUAGAUUUUGAUGAUUUCGCCUAACUUUUUUCAAUUGUUAAAGAUUUUUCUCAUAAUUUACAUAUAUUUUUAAAUUUUACAGAAUUUUUUAUCGAUUUUUUCUAAUUUUUCCGAAAUCCCUCCCCAAAAAACUCACCAAUCGCUUCUAUUUCUCAAAUCACAUCAUCGAAAAUUCGAAAAUCCCAAUUUCGUCAAAAUCCCAUCGAAUGUCGCUUCAAAUUCAACCAAUAAAUCGUUUCUGACCCUGAAAAAUCGAAAAUUUCAAUUGAAACAAUGUUUCUCUAGAAAAAACCCACUUUUCUUUGAUAAUCCUCGGAUUUUCCGUUGGAAGCGAUGAUUCCAGCCUUAUAGAACAUCUAAAAAUUCAAUUUUUGACUGAAAUUCACUGAUUUUCCCUGGAAACCUGAAAACCCAGCGAAAAAAAAACGAAAAAUGAAAAUAUUCUCGUGUUGCGUUAAACAGAGGGCAAGCGGAGUGUCGUUGUAAAAGUCAAUCUCGGGAUUUCCAACUGUUAUCACUUUCCAACUGUUAUUUUUUUUUAGAAGUUUCAAACGCGGAAGACGAACCAGAAGAUGUCAGUGUAUCAACCAAGCCAUAUAUACAAAAACUUGAAACAGAACAUAAAUUGAUAAUUCAAAAAGUCUUGGGUUCGGGAUCAUAUUCUCGAGUGGCUCGCGCAUUAUGGGGUGAAAAAAAGAUGGAAGUGGCUGCCAAAAUAAUCAAUAUCACGCCGACAAAAGAAAAAGAAGAUUAUAUUCGCAAAUUUUUGCCGCGCGAAAAGGAAAUUGUUCGGAUGUUGAAACACGACAAUAUAUGCCGUCUGUAUGAUAUGAUCACAUUUCCGGAUCAUAUUGUUUUUGUCACCGAAUUUUGUGCGGGAGGAGAUUUGUUGAAGAAGAUGAAGGAUGUUAAAGUGAUGGGUGAAGAUGAUGCGAGAUUUCUAUUUCGUCAAUUUAUCGCCUCACUUAUUUAUCUACAAAAUCACAAUAUUGUUCAUCGCGAUCUCAAAUGCGAAAAUAUCUUUUUGGACAAACAUGAAAAUGUGAAAUUGGGAGAUUUUGGAUUUGCAAGAGUUUUGAAUCCCGGCGAUAAAUCAUCUACAUUUUGCGGAUCGCGAGCAUAUGUUGCACCGGAAAUUUUGAGAGGACGCGAAUAUUCAACUAAUGCGGUUAGUUAUUUGAAUUUUUAGGGGGUUACUGUAGUUCUAAGGAUGUUUAGGAGUUACUAUAGAUCUCUGAAUCUAUAAAGGUUACUGUAGCUUUCUGAAUUUCGAAGGGUAAAAAACAAAAAAAUUAAAAACAUUUUUUGUUGCAGGUAGAUGUUUGGAGCACAGGAGUAAUUUUGUAUAUCAUGCUAACCGGUUCAAUGCCAUUUGAUGAUCGACAUCCAACAAAAAUGAUUGAACGUCAACUGGCUCACAAAAUCAAAUUUCCUCGAAAUUGCACAGCAUCGACCUCAUCGAAAACGCUGAUUCUCGAAAUUUUGCAGCCACACGCACCAAAUCGACCAACAUUUAAAGCAAUUUGUGAAUCGGAAUGGCUCAAAAAUCAAGCAUAUUACAUGAAACCAGAUGCUCCACCAGGAACUGCUGUUGCUCCAAAUUCAGCUAGUCCAGCGAAAAAACGCCCACCAAGUUCGAGAGCAAAAGGAUAA